AUGUGCGACCCUUGCUGCUCUCCCUGCGGACCGUGUCCUCCGGCUUGCGGCCCAUGUGGCCCGUGUGGGCCCUGUGGCCCCUGCGAUCCAUGCUGUGCACCAUUUGAGUGCUCACCAAAAUGUUAUACAGGCGCCCACUUGGACGCGCUGCCGCAGUGCGCGCCACGCGUCCCACCGCCCUGCCCGAAAUGUAUUACGGUACAGCAACCACCGCGGCUCAUCUGCCGCAAGCGUGUCGUUUUCAAUGAGAAAAUCGUCCCGGAACCGAUGGUUGUGAAUCGUUGCAGACAGAUAACCAUACCCAAAGUUGUGGAUACAACACGUGUCAUCAAAGUACCUAAGCUGACUUGGGUCUCACAGAUGGUCCGUGAGCCGAGGGUCAUCUACUAUCCAUCAAUGGUGCCAGAUCCCUACGUGGUUUGCUAUCCGAAACGUAUUUGCGAGCCGCGUGAAGUGUGCCAAGCCAUAUUGUGCCAGCCGAAGCCGCAAACAAUUGAUAUACCGCCGCCACGGGAAUAUUGCUGCUAUCCAACUGGACCGAUUAACUAUAAGCCGAGCGCAGCAUGCCCACCAUGCCCGAUGGGACCGUGUUCACCGUGCGGACCGUGCGGUCCAUUGCCAUGCUUUUCAACCAAUCAAUAUCCGAUAUGCGAACCCAACGGAUGUUUCCCGUGCAAGCCGUCGGGUCCUUGCGGCCCUUGUGGACCUUGUUCGCCGUGUCGCGGACCUUGCGGCCCUUGUGGCCCGUGCGGACCUUGCGGACCUUGCGGACCAUGUGGCCCCUGUGAACCCUGUGGCCCCUGUGGACCUUGUGGUCCGUCAUGUUCUCCGUGUUGUGAUACUGCUUGUUGUGGCCCAUCGAAUCCACCAUGUGGAGCACCGGCACCAAUACCAUGUCCACCGGCACCUGGCUAUUGUCCACCAAUUGUGGAAGCUGGCGUCCCAAAUCCAUGUGUGUGGAAUUGUAAUAAUACGCCGCCUACAUAUCCAUGUGGUUUUUGAAUAUUCUUUGAAAGGAAGCUAAGGCAGAUUACUUCUACGAAUGAAAAAGGAUAUAAGUAAACGGCAACAAUCUGUUGAUACUUGAAUGUGUCUCCCUCAAACGGAAACGAUUUGGACAUCACAGUCCCAUGCAGUGAAGAAUUCCACAAUUACAAAGAAGAAGAGAAUACACGCCACUCAAAUGUGUGUAUGCAACAAAGAAAAAAAAAAAAUACACUAAAAACAAAAAGAGAGCCAGAAAAAAAAUCAAGUGAGGAGUUUCAUAACGG